AUGUCAAAGUUCCGUAGCUCUCAUUUGCCGGCCAGGAAAACGGCCGUGGCCGAGCCAAGUGAGCCCAAGAAGCAUCCGGUUGAUGUGGUCAAAGCAAAGUCCUACAAGCCCCCCGCAACCAUCAAAACCGUCACUUUCAAAGAUGUGAUAACCUAUGCCUUGGCUGGUGGGUUUUCAGAAAGAUUUUUUAAGGGACUGGCAUUUAUCUAUCCUGUAACAACCAUUGUAAAAUUACCGGUCGUUGUCAAAUUAACACCUCGAUUCACAGGGAGGGUAUUCCAAGUGCGAUGCUCAGAUUUCGAUGAAACUUGGCAUAUUUUUUUUUUACAUAUAUCAUCACAUUUUUUCGACGAUAUAUUCGACACUCAUAACUCGCCUUUUGCAAAAAUUAACGAGAUUUUUAGAUCGAAAGUUGGCAAAAAUCUGACACUUUUUUGCGAAUUUUAUCAUAAAAAGAAUCACGCCCAUUUCUACCGUAGAAAGUAAUGUCUAUUCCGCACGAAACUGGUAAAGCUAUGGCCAGAAACUGUUUUUCUCUCGGAUUGCUCUCCGCGUUUCGCGUACCAUUAGACGACGAAAAGGUCACUCGUCAUGGGAACCAUUGUGGCGCCAAUUUUGGCCAGACAGAGUAUCUUUGCCGGGCAACGUGAUCAGGCGAAAUUACAGGGCAAACUGCCAAUUUUGACCAGGCAACUUGACCAGGCAUCUGGCUUCUCUUGGCAAUUUUGUGAUGAUUUUAGCCAGUCAGACCACCAGUUUCGACCGGGCAGAAUUUUUUCCUUUUUCGUCCUAUCCGGCUAAUUUUUCAGAACAGAUUUACCAUCAAUUUCUACAAAACAAAAACGCUUUCCAAAUAUCAAUAUACCACUCUACUUUCAGUCGGAGCAACCCCCGAAAAUGGACUGCAAUACAUUUUUGAGAAGGACCCAAAUUUCCAAGUUUUGCCCACCUACAUUGCCCGCCAUGCCGCCGUCUUUUCGCUGGACAAGACGCCGGGCGUCGAAUGGGACUUGUUCAAGAUCUUGCAUGCCGAACAGUACAUCGAGGUGUUCAAACCGAUCCCGGCAGAGUGUAGAAUACGGACGGAAUGGAAAGUGUCGGAGGUCAUCGACAAAGUCAAGGCAGCGAUUGUUGUUAGGGAAGGUAAAAAUAUAUAUAUUUUGUAAAAUUAAUAUGAGUCUGUCGGGAAAAUAAUGAGCACAAUGUCGCUUCAAAAAUCGCAUCGUGUCGCGACAAAAUCAAACUUCUUUUUUCAGCGACGCGAUUGGCGCAACGCCAUUGCGCUCAUUAUUUUCCCGACAGACUGAAAAAAAAUCUCGUUUCCAGUGACAAUGUAUGACGCGGAUACGAAUGAAAAGUUGAGCCAUGGAAUCUACAAUAUUAUCCAUUUGGGUGCCGGUGGCUUCAAUGGACAAAAGAUUAGCGUUGUUGAUGUCCCAUGCAUCGCAGUCCCAAAAGAGCAGCCGGACUUGGUGUUUGAAGAGAAAACGACCAAUACCACUGUAGGUUUAGAGCAGUACAUAUACAGGGUGUUUCAAGAAAUUUGGAACAAAUGAUUUGCUUAUAUCUUUGUUGUCUUUGCAGCUAUCAACGAAUUUCUUUUUGCUUCUAAAAAUUGACAGCGUGCGUUUUUAGAAUCUCAAAAAAAAAUUUUUUUUCGUCGGCGGAGGGCCCAUUUCUCGGCGGAGAAAAUUAGGGCCUUUUUUAAAAAUCACAGCGUAUUACGUAGCGGAAACGCCGUUGCAACGGUUGAAAUCAAGUUUACGUAAUACCUCCAUCGAUUUUACGGUAUGCAUUUUUUUGUUUUCGAUUUUACGCGCACCGCGGAGGUGCGGCGGAGACUUCAGAUUUCGGCGGACGUUGUUUUGGGCCUUCGGCUGUUGCAAUUCAUGUUGGAAACGAGGUUGGGGUGAUUUUUUGUUGUCAUCCGAUACACAGAUGGCAAAAAUUUCGAGCUUUUUUUCCCCGGCGGAGGAUUCGGCGGAGGCUUUAUCAAAGGGUCAAAGCAGUCUUACGAGUCCAGGAAAAAUCUCAGCUACAAGAAUCCAUCAGAGCAGCAUUGUCUUUCAAAGAUUUUUGAUUUUUUUGGUCCGGCGGACAAAUCGGCGGAGCUUUGUUUUGACCGUUUGAUAAAGUCUCCGCCGACUCCUCCGCCGGGGAUAAAAAGCACGAAAUUUUUGCCAUCUGUUGCAUCGGAUGACAACAAAAAAUCACCCCAACCUCUUUUCCAACAUGAAUUGCAACAGCCGAAGGCCCAAAACAACGUCCGCCGAAAUCUGAAGUCUCCGCCGCACCUCCGCGGUGCGCGUAAAAUCGAAAACAAAAAAAUGCAUACCGUAAAAUCGAUGGAGGUAUUACGUAAACUUGAUUUCAACCGUUGCAACGGCGUUUCCGCUACGUAAUACGCUGUGAUUUUUAAAAAAGGCCCUAAUUUUCUCCGCCGAGAAAUGGGCCCUCCGCCGACGAAAAAAAAUUUUUUUUUGAGAUUCUAAAAACGCACGCUGUCAAUUUUUAGAAGCAAAAAGAAAUUCGUUGAUAGCUGCAAAGACAACAAAGAUAUAAGCAAAUUAUUUGUUCCAAAUUUCUUGAAACACCCUGUAGAUUCACAGACACCGAUAACCGGGGGGAAAAAGACGGAAAUAAAAUCAUCUUUUGCUUUUUUGGCUAGCCAAGACCAUAAUUUUUGUCGGCCCAUUUUCACAAAAACUUCAUUUGUCGUCCAUCUGGACUUGACAUGUCUUUGAAAUUUCAUAACACAAAAUUUACCAGUCUGUCGGGAAAAUAAUGUGGAUUUGUCGCAGCAAAAUCUCGCGCCUCGUCCUUAUCGCUGAUCAAAUCUUCAGCUGGCCGUUGCAAAGCAAUAACGGGCAAUUCCAAGGCGCGACAAAUCCACAUUAUUUUCCCGACCGCCUGAUACAGUGGCGGACCUAAUCCAGAACAUACCAUUUUGCAUCCGGGAAGCAUCAAAAAAUGUAGCAAAAUACCUCCCUUCCCAAGUGAAAACUUGGAUUUCAAAAGCGCGGCCUUCAAAACGGCAAAAUAUCUCCCUUGGAGAGGGAGGUAUUUUGCCACAUUUGUUGUUCCUUUCUGGAGCAAAAUGGUACGUUUUUUGCCACUGGAUCAGGGGCCAAUGCGCUAUCUGAAAGUUUGCUAAAAAUCAUAGGGCGCAGCUCGGAGAAAUUGCACGGGCGCAGCUCGCGUCGUGGGCGUAGCUCGAAAACAAGCUGAAACUUAGCUCCGGCGAGCUGCCAAACUUUGUUUUCCGAGCUGCGCCCUACCAUUUUCAGCUAACUUUCAGCAAACUUUCAGACAACGCAUUGGCCCCAGGUCCACAACUAUAGAUGUCGUUUUAUGAAAUUUCAAGUUUGUUUCAUUGUAAAUACAAAUGGUUUUGUCUAACCAAAAAAGCGAAAAAAUCGUCUUCUCCGAAACCCCUCACUUUUCAGGCCGCGUUGUACCGAAUUGCCUCCGAUGACUUGAACUACGUGCACAUUGAGCCGGGCUUCGGCAAGCCCAUGGGCCUGGACCGCCCCAUUCUUCAUGGACUGUGCGUAUUGGGGAUGGUGAGUCGAUUGGUUAUCGACAACUUUGGAAAGAAAGAUGUCCGAAGUUUCAAAGCGAUCAAGGCCCGAUUUACAGCGACCGCUUAUGUUGGGGAGACUUUAGUCAUCGAAUUUUGGAAGCGAAAGGAUCGAGUUCAUUUUCAAGUCAGAGUAAGUGAUUUUUUAGAUUUUUGAUCGGUCUCGGUCGAAAAAAAGCUCUCCAAAUCAGCUUGUCGGGAAAAUAAUGUGGACUUGUUUGGUAUCAUCUUGUCGGGAAAAUAAUGUGGACUUGUUUGGUAUCAUCUAGUCGGGAAAAUAAUGUGGACUUGUUUGGUUUCAUCUUGUCGGGGAAAUAAUGUGGAUUUAUGUUACAUCCGUCUGUCGGGAAAAUAGUGUGGAUUUGUCGCAGUAAAAUGCCCUUGCCGCAGUUGGGCCCCAAAUCCAUAGCCGUCGAAGUUUAAGCGAUAACCAGCGAUUCCAAGGCGCGACAAAUCCACAUUAUUUUCCCGACAGACUGAUAUCCAUCUGUCUGGAAAAUAAUGAACGCAAUGUCGCUGCGGUGAAAAGCAAUUUGACUUGGCCGCGACACAAUUCAUUUUCUCGGCGGCGACGCGAUUUUCGAAGCAACAGAAUGUUCAUUAUUUUCCCGACAGACUGAUAGUGCACAGAGGAAAUUUUUCGAUGGUAUUUAUCAAUCGGACCCAAAUUUCCAGACCUCUAUGAGCUACUUUUUAUGGUGAAUAUUUCGUGCAGUCGUGUCCGAGUGGUUAAGGAGAUUGACUAGAAAUCAAUUGGGCUCUGCCCGCACAGGUUCGAAUACUGUCGACUGCGGGUUAGAUUUUUGGCUGUUAUGAAGAAAAAAAUGUUUUGCCAACUAUAUGAUACGUACUUUUAUAUAUAAAAUUCCAUUUUUUUACUUUCCUUUGCUAAAAAUCCUAUUCAUUUUUCAGGUCAAAGAGACCGGCAAGUUGAACAUCAGCAACGCUUUCGUCGAUUUACAUCCCGCCCCAACCCAAUCAAAACUUUAA